UGCCCUCUGUGGGACUGGGCCCUCAAUUUAUUGCAAAAUCCUUUUCUUGAACUGCACUUCAUCUGGGAUGCUGAAUGGGUCUUCAAACUUGAUGGUGAGAUGUAUGAAUGCUUCUACACUGAACCUUGGAUGGGCAAUCAUUGGUGGGAUAUUCAAGUGCAUUGUAAUUAA